AACACAAAAGUAAAGUUUAUACAAUCUUGUCUAUUUGCUGAUUUUAUUUUUUAGGGGUUGAUUUUGUAUUAAUUUAAAAUUUGUUUUAAUUUUUUUAGGUGACAGAACCUUUGGUGAGGGUUCUUCGUAUGGUGGAUGGAGAGGGCAUGCCAAUGGGUUUCAUUUAUGAGGCCAUGGAUAGGGCCAAAGAGGCCAUUUCACAUUACUAUCGUGGAAAUGCAAGAAAAUGUGAAAUCUUUUGGCGCAUCAUUGAUCGUAGGUGGACAAACCAACUCCACCAACCGAUACAUGCCUUCGCCUACUUUUUGAACCCGAAAUUCUACUUCUCUGAUUCAUUUAGGGCUGAUGAGGAGGUCAUGGCAGGUGUUAUUACAUGCAUUGAUAAGAUGACACCUGAUCCUGAGUUGAGAGACAAGGUUCUUGAUGAGUUGGAGAUCUACAAAAGUGCAGAGGGGAGACUCUUCUCAUCACAACUAGCAAUUGAUAGGAGAGGAAAACAACAACCAGGUAAAACAUUUAGUAACUUAGUUCAACAGUGCAAGAAAAAACCUACAAACUUGAUUGUUACAUUUUUUUCUCAAUUCUAAUAUUUCUAAAUGUUUUUUGUAGAUUUAUGGUGGGAGAAUUAUGGUGCCGGCACGCCUAAUCUUCAAAAGAUAGCUAUCCGUGUUUUGUCUCAGUCAUGCAGUGCUUCUGGGUGUGAACGAAAUUGGAGUGUCUUUGAAAGCAUUCACACAAAGAAGAGAAAUAGAUUGUCACAAAAGCGGCUCAAUGAUCUAGUAUUUGUUCGGUACAACCUUCGCCUUCGAGUUAGACAGGUGGAGGGUGUUUCACAUGAGGCCAUUGACUUGGAUGAAAUUGAUCCAUAUGGUGAUUGGACCAUGAAUGAACAAAAUGAUGGUGAUGAUGUCCUCCUUACCGAAGAAGAAAUUGCAGAAAUAGAGAGAGGAGCAGCACAAGAUGCAGAAGGAGCAAGAUUGGAUGAAGAUGAGGACGAAGAUGAGGAUGAUGAUGAGGACUAUGACUUUGAAGAAGACUCAUCUCACCAUUUAGAUACCACAACACCCACUGCUACUACUUCUAGCUCAAGGCCUGAAAAAUUGAGCUAUAUUAGGAAAAAUACAAAGAGGAAGAUGUAGUCUUCUCUUUGGUUUGUUCAUUCACAUUGCUGUUUUUCACAUUUGCAGUUGGACUUGGACAUAUCAUUAUAUGUAAUUUUGUGAACAUUUAUAUACUUAUGC